AUGAUCUGCACCAUCGACAAGGAUCUUUUCAAGUUAUGGCCAUUGCUGUCGUUCAUGCAGGGCAUUGGCACGCUCCAUCAAGUCGACGGUCGCGCGAUCGACCUUGGGCGAAAGAUCAUGCAUCUGCUUGACGAGCUGGGCAAGAAGUAUCCCGCGCUCGCGAAGCUGCUCGAUCCACCAACAGUUAUCUUCAACCUACAGGCUAUGAGCGUCAACCCGUCUGCAGUCGUCAUUCCCGCUGGACUCGCACCUGGAAAUUUACGCGCUGGUGAACUCAUCGGCCACCUGCGUGCUACGCUCGCUCCUAUCCUGCUGCCCGGCGUCGUCGCACAGUUUCAUUAUUUAAAUGCACCCAUGCAAAACCUCUGA